GAAAGUGAGGCAGACAUUGGAAGUCGAGGUGAAGAAGAACGAUGUUGUGUGGACUUCUAGGCGGAAAAUUCUUCAGAAAAUGCAAGCACUCGGCGAAGAACAUAAGGACGAGGGUUGUGCCGAUCCGCAAUAAGAAGCAGGCCACGGUGUGGUGGCUCAAGAAGGACGUCGCUGACCUCAUCGCCGCCGACCACGAAGCCAACGCAUAUGGAAGAAUUGAUGCUCUCAUGGUAGAGAUAAACCACACAUCAUGCUAUGACAUAAUCGAUCAGCACUGUUUAUACAUCUUGAACCAUCUUCCAGACCUGAAGAAGCAGAGGGAAUGUCCUCGAGAAGUCAUGGAAGCUAUAGCAACUCUAAUAUAUGCUGCUGCAAGAUUUUUUGAUUUACCUGAGUUGCGUGAUCUUAGGCGUGUGUUUAAUGAUAGAUAUGGGAGUUCAAUGGACUCAUCUAUAAAUGCUGAGUUUAUUGAUAAAAUUCAAGAGAAGUCAUUUUCAAAAGAAAAGAAGUUGCAGCUGAUGCAAAGUAUUGCGGAAGAGUUCUCCGUGAGAUGGGAUUCUAAGAGACUUGAGCGCCUAUCAAGUGCGACGCUGGGGAAAGCUACUCAUCCAGAUACUAGAAACAAUGAAGCCUCACCAGUUCAGGUUGGAACCAAAGAAAAGGUUUGGUCCAGAGAAAGAUAUCCUUCAAAUCCUGCAAGCAUUGCACGAAAAGAGCAAAUAGAAGCAGAUCCCAAAGACACUCAUGUUGUUUCAGCUGAAAUUAAGACGCCUGCUCGGGCUACUUCAAUGCUGAUGCCUGAGCUAUUGAAUCCUAAUGGUGGUCGAGUGCUUCGCAACAUGCCAGAUUACUUUCAGUUGGCUGCGCGGCUUGCUGCUUCACGGAACACUUGA